UUUUCUAUCUAAGCUCAAAGAAUUUUUUUUAACGCGUUGAAUUAUUUGACCUUGCAAUAACUUUUAAACCUCUUUAAAAUCCAACAAGAUGUCUUGAAACCAGAAGUAAGUAUCUUGUGAAUUCCAUUCCGAUUUCGAGAGCCAAAGAGAUUGGAGAAACAAGCCUUGAAGAAGCCCUUCAUCAUCAACAAUGGGAAACAUUGUAAAGCCUUUCAAACAACAACCUUCUUCAUUUGCUUACCAGCCUCUCACCGUCCCUCUAAUUUCAGAAGUGGAGGCACAAAACGAGAAUCUGAGAGUCUUCAGCUUCAAGGAAUGGAUGAAAGCAACGAAGAAAUACAGACAAGACAGGGUCGAACUUUGCGACAAUCCCUAUAUUCGAUUUCGAACAUUCUACAAGGGCUACAUCGAUAACACCACAUUUGCACCAUCAAGAACUAAAACCGGUACCCCUGUUUCUGUUGUCGAAUAUCUUCAUAAAAGUUCACAGGCUCUACAAGAGUGGGUGGAAGAAGUGAAGUCUCUAGAAAGAUUUUCUCAUCCAAACUUGGUCAAAAUUUUGGGUUAUUGUUGUGAAGAUAACAAAUCACUCUUGGUUUUAGACUUGCACCAAGGAAGUUUAGAUCAUCACAUUUUCGGAAAAGAAGAGGGAUUGCCAUGGGCAAUACGGGUUAAGAUAGCCAUUGGAACAGCUCAAGGUCUUGCAUUUUUCCACUCGAUCAUGAAUACCCCGCUACAUCUAGAACUCAGAUUGCACAAUAUUAUGCUUAACGAGCAAUACAAUGCAAAAUUGUUUUAUCGUGAAUCAAACAAACGAAAUUGUUUGGAAGAGGGGACAUUUGUGGCACUACUUAAAUACAUGCCUCCUGAACCUGAAUGUGCUAUGUCAGCUCGUUUGGGAAUAGAGGCCGAUGUUUACAUAUUUGGCGUGAUCUUGCUUGAGAUUUUAGCUGGUUCGAAAGCUAGAUCAAGAAAUAUGAAGAAUCAAAGCUCCUAUGAUUGGACUGGAUCUUUCUUGCCCGAUAAUUAUAAAAUUGAGGAAAUAAUCGAUCCCCGACUAGGAAGUGAUUAUCCUGUGGAUGCGGCAACAAAGAUGUUCACACUCAUCCAAAGUUGCACCAAGCGGGACAAGAAGAAUCGACCACUGAUGCAACAAGUUUUGGAUGUUCUGAAUAAUAUUGCAGAGAUUGAGUACUAGUGUAGGUGAGAAGUCCUUAUAUC